AUGACCCUCCAGCAUGACAAUGGCACCUGCCAUACGGCUCGUUCUGUGUGUGACUUCCUGCAAGAUAAGAAUGCUGGGACCCUUCAAGCUAGUGCUAGAGAGCAAGUGCUCCAGACAGAUGUCCAUUCCGCUGGCCAUGAUGGACUAAGCCUGCCGGCCCUGGUAGACUGCCUCCAGGAUAGCCCUCGAAAGAACCUUGUGCCGAAGCCCCCGCAAGGCCCCAUGCCCACCCGAGAGACAAAUAUAGCAAAGGCAGAAAAGAAGGCCACAGAGGUUAUCAAGGCUAGAAGGUCUAGGGAGGCUAAGUAUGGGGUGAAAAAACUAAGCCACCAAGUAGCUGGUGUCCUGCCAGCUAUCAAGAAGGGCACUAAAGUUACUAAAAGGGAGACAACAGAACCCCUAUGUCCCUUGACACCUGAUGGGGAGAAAAUGAUCUCCUCUUCAUCUGUUGAUGACCUCCUGACCCCAAAGAGUGAUGUCACGUCCGAGGCUAAGAGCGAUGAUGCCUCCCGUCCAAUUGGACCUGAGGUGUUCUCUCUAACAAACUUCCUGAAGUCUCACCCUAAGAGAAAGUUUAUCAGGAACUUCCUCAAACAAAUAAACGUGACAAUAGGUGACCUGGACGAGAUCAUCGAGUGGGUGGUGUGUGUCUCCAAUGAGGUGUUCCUCCCAGUGAUGGUUCUGAUCAGGACCUCCAGUCCAGAGUCGUCAAACUCGUCCCGCUGGGGGUCAGGUGAGCUCCAGAUCAUCUCCAGGGAGUUCCACCAGCGGAGUUCUGAGCCGAAGGGAAGGCUCCUGGGUGGGCAGCCGCCCACUCCCCCUUCUGAGACCGACAAGGAGCUUCAGGGCAUAGCAGAUCUGUCUGUGAGUAACAUCCUGAAAAUGGCCCAGGAGGACCUCUUCUUUUCUGUUGAGGAUGAUCUGGAGAACACCCAUCCAGACAUCAGUCUGACCGAAGAGACGCUCUCCAGCAUCUUCUCAGAGUUGUUCAGGGACGCCUGUGAGAGUGCCCAGGAGGCCGCCAGACGGAUCCACCACAUGAGGUCUGGAAGAGGCAACAGCAGCCGGAAUGGGAGAUGCCCUGGGUUAUCGCAGGGAUCGAGCAGGUCCAAUAUGCCAGACUUGGGAGAACUGGGGUCAGUGAGGAAGCCCAAGGAAAGCGACGUCCAUAAAGUCCUUAGCGAGGGGUCCCUCCCUGUCCUUGCCCUGCUUGGGGAGAGGCCAGGGGAAGUUGGGGAGACCAGCAGCCCUGCUGGGGAGAUGGACACGACCCAGACUGCCAGCACUCCCAGCAUUCCCCGGUCUGGGCAUGGCGGCAGAAGAAGUAGGCAGACCACCGCUCCCACCACCGGCCACAGAGAGGCAGGAGUCACAGCCAGUAACAUCUUUGAUGUUAUUUUUCAUCUGACGCACUCAGACACUGACCGGGAACUCCACCAGGAGUUCAGCAGUGAGGAUGAUGUUUCACUGAAUGACAUCACGGACAUGAAGUUAACCCCACCAGUGGAGCCCCUAGGGCAGAUCCUGUCCUCAUGGAAGCUGGUCAACAGGAUCUUCAGGGGGAAGGUCCACUACUUUGGGAAGGAGCUCAUCUGCAAGGUGUAUCAGAUGCUUCUGGACACCGGUAUGGGAAGGAGGCCAAUGGCCCGCCAAAGCAGGUCCGAGCCCAUCCUGAAAGACCUGGCUGCCAACCGUAGGCUCUCCGAUGAAUUUUUCACAGAUGUGCUGUACAUGUUCAUCCAACGGGCCAUUAAGAAUCUGCUGGAGAACUUCUUGGGUCUGCCGACCACCCCACCGGGUAGAGACAUUAUGUGGAAUGACAACUUCAACUGGAUGUAUAGGGACGGCUGGGGGGAGACCCCCACAUCCAGCGAGAACGAGUUGUGGGACAGCGACUCCACCUGGUCACGUGACCUUGGAGAGGACGAGGGGGCAGAGUCCCGUGGGAUGUGGGCCGCUCUGUUAGAGAGGGGCAGCUUCCUGACCCUCCAGUCCUCCAGCUCCCUCUCCCUCUCUGAUGACAACAAGGAGGCACUAGGGGCCGUCUGCCAGGUCCUGACCACCAGGGUGGGAGACAUCCUGAACAGUACCUGCAACGACGAUUACAAGGCCAGGCUCAUCAUCCAGAAAGGAUUGGAUUCCGGUGCCAGGGAAAGGUUCCCUGGCUCUCCGUGUUCCUCUUCACCCAAGGACGAAGAGGAGGUGGUUGUAAGUGUCUCAAACCCUAAACCCUCCACCUCAACCCAGGCAGCAUGGGCAGCUCCUGCCCAGACUCUGGACGGUUUUCUGCCCAGACCCUGCCUGGAUAAAGAAGAGGUAGUCCCCAGCACCUCCAUGAAGGACGACUCUGUGACGACCACCCAUGCAGCUCCUUCCCAGACCCUGGAAGAAGAGGUGGGGGAGGCUGAGGUCUCCGAGAUGAGUGACAGCUCCCUGAUGCCCACCAAGAACAGACAGGACCCCCUGGAGAAGAUUCCCUCCCUCCUAUCAGGCAAGGACGACAUCCUCCUUCGCAGCAUUCCCUCGGCCACCGUCAUGAGCCCCCAGACUCUGAAGUUUAUUCUCCACGGCAUCAUGUGCCGACUGGAGGCCUCAGAGUCCCCCCAGACAAGGAGGGCCAAUGACCCCUUCAGGCUGAUGAAGGAUCUCUUUUUGGAGGUCCAGCAUGCCCUGAAGUAUGCUGACAUCUCUGUCGUCUUUGGCCUGGAGGAGAGCAUCCAAUUCAGUGGUGAGGAUGCGGUGAAGGCCAUCGUGAAGACUGCGGCUAAAAGAUUGUCCCUGCGUUCGGACUCCAACCGGCCUCAACUGCGUGCCGCACGCUCUGGUAGCGACGGAGCAAUCAGGUGUAUGUCGGACACCAUCACACAAGUCAUAGAUGACUAUUCCGAGGACUGGAGUUUCAAAGGCCAUUUUGGAACCAGGAGGAGCCGUGGUAGUGAGAGGUCACACUCCUCAACCUCCUCAAGGAGUGACGUCACCCUCACCGAGGAGCUCCUGGCUUGGAGGGAAACCCUAGAAGAGGACCUAGAGGAGAUGGCUGAUGACAGCACUGGUUUGGAAAAGACCAGUGUAAGCUCAGCCAUCUCGGAAAAGUCCCAGGUAAUUAGCUACCUUUCUGAAAGCACCAAGCCCAUCAGCAGCGCCCUCUCCACAGACCUCGAGGACAUCACCUCCACACAGAAGGAAGAGGCUAUGAAGAAAGAAGUGAGGAAGUCAGGAAAGAAGAAGCGAGGAAAUAACAAGAACCAGAAGAAGAACAAGGUGUCUCCUCUUGGCAAUGAUAGUAAGUCCUCAUUUCUGUACUGUGGCUGCAGAUGA